CCGCCGCCAUUUAUAUUUCACCGCCAUUUUACAUCAACCCCAGCAGAGAUUAGAUUACGAAGAUGACGGCCCAGAUGGAAAACCAACUUUGCAAGCUGUUCGUCGGUGGACUGAACGUCCAGACCACCGACGAUGGGCUGCGAAAGCAUUUCGAGCAAUACGGAACGCUCACGGACUGCGUGGUCGUGCAGAACCAGCAGCUGAAGCGCUCGCGUUGCUUCGGCUUCGUGACCUACUCGAGCCCGGAGGAGGCGGACUCGGCCAUGGCGGCCAGACCCCACAUACUGGACGGCAACAACGUCGAGCUGAAAAGGGCCGUGGCGCGGGAAGACGCGGGCAAGCCCGAGGCCCUCGCGAAGGUGAAGAAGAUCUUCAUCGGCGGGCUAAAAGACGAUAUCGAGGAGGAUCACCUCCGCGACUGCUUCUCCCAGUUCGGCGCGGUGGAGAAGGCGGAGGUGAUCACGGACAAAGAGACCGGCAAGAAGCGGGGCUUCGGCUUCGUGUAUUUUGAGGACAACGACUCGGCCGAUAAAGCCGUGGUGCUCAAGUUCCACAUUAUUAACGGCCAUAAAGUGGAGGUGAAGAAAGCCCUGACCAAGCAGGAGAUGCAGGCCGCUGGUAGUCGCGGUGGCCGCGGCGGCCGAGGAGGAGGCGGACGGGGGAUGGGCAGAAUGCAGAACGGCUACGGCGGGCGCGGUGGCGGCGGCGGAUACGGCAACUACGGCGGCAGCGGCUAUGGGGGCAACGACGGCUACGGCGGAGGCUAUGGAGGCGGAUACGGUGGCGGGUAUGGGGGAGGCUACGGGGACCAAAUGGAGGGCUACGGCGGUGGUAACGGCUACAAUGACUUUGGCAGCGGCUAUGGCCAGCAGUCCUCUGGCUAUGGCCCAAUGAAAGGUAAUUACUCGGGCAGAAGCAACGCUCCUUACUCCCGAGGUGGUGGUGGUGGUGGUGGUUACGGCAGGGGGGGUUACGGAGGCUCGUAUUAGGAGCGUAUUUUAGAUCACAAAUUAAGAGCAGCUCCUUCCCCAGCCCACAUCACACAUUAUCUUCAGCUAAGUAGCCAGAUUGAGCCACCUUAAUGUGGCAUGGCAUUGACUGAAACACUCCAAAAGCUCCAUUCAGGAGCUCACAACUUAUCCAGCCUAGCAGAUCCAUAGGUAGGGCUCACCUAUCCGACUUUACUCAGCAUCUCACAGCUGUUACGGCUACUACUACACAUCCUUUUGCUCUUUUCCCUAAAGCACUAGGGAGAUUUUUUGGUUUUUGUUUUUUUCAGCAAGACAUAGGACUACUACUGUGGAUCUCUGCUUAUUAUAAGACUGGCCAGUGGUGGUCGGGGCAGGCUACCUGUUUGCGAAACUGUUACUCAAGUUUUUUUUUUUGUGCUUUGGGAUUAAGUUAAGAUUAGAAUUUUUGCUUGUUAAUUAGCGUAGGCAUGUGUUUUCCUCCUUUUAGUAUAUGUAUUGUAUCUUUAUUGUGUCUGUUUAAUUCUUUUCAAAACAUUUAAAUUGAUUUUGAUUGAGAGCCAAUGGCAGUGAACCCUAGUAGAGAUUCAAAAAUUCAUUGGCUGGCGGCAGGCAUCUAUUGAAUGCAACAGUACUUGAAAUAAAAAUCCUAUUUUUCUUCACAAGGCAGGACAGACCUGCUAUGAGGUUAUUUAUUUCAAAAUCAUUUUUAUUAAUUUUGAAUCGAAACAAGCAAAUUGUGCCAGAAGGGGCACGUUAGCACCUACCACUCCCAUGAAACGUCCAACGAUGCAAUAUUUUAUAUACACAUUUUGCAAUAAACAUGAAAUGUCGUUUCUACAUACACACUCAGAAUCUUGAAAUCAGAUUUGUCUGUCAUUUGCAAUGCUUUUUGGGAUUGCAAGUACCCGUUUUGUGUUUCAAAUACUUUUUUGCUUCAAAUUAAAAGUUGCAGUGAUUCACCUCUUAACUCUAACAAUUGCUUUUUAAAAAAAUAAUGGGGGGGAAAAACACUCCAGGAACAAAGGCAGCUGAAAAAGUGGCACUGUUGCAUUCGAUUAAAGCACUUGCUGCAGAUUCUUCUGCCAUCCAAUGAAGGCUUGAACUUUUAAUUAGGUUCGAUGGCAACUAGAAGCUGUUCGUCCUAAACGGAAAAUUCUUUGGCGUUUCAGUAAAAACGAAGCAAGUUAAAAGAACUAGUUUCAGGCUCACUAAAACAUCCGAUAAUAUAGUGACUAACGUGUGUCUCCUCCCAAUUAGUGUCAUUUGUUAAAUAGUUCAAGCACACUAUGAAAAUAUUGUCAUUGGUGUUACAGCGAACCUUUUCGUCGGGACUCUGAAGACCGAUUUGAGUUGUUUUCCUACCGUUAAUCAUUUAGUAAAGGACUUAAAUGCUCUUGUCUCAUUGUAUUACUGCUUCAACGGAAUAACCUAUUGAAUAUUGUUUAUUUCAGAUACAACUGAACUGUAUGUAUUUCUGUUAAUAAAAGUCAUUACUCCGUAGCCAUUAUGGUUUAUGACCAGCUGAGAUUUAUUGGGUGGUUCUGACGUAUAUAUAUAUAUAUAUAUUAUAUGAGGCCCGUGUAGCGAUUUUGUCUUUCCAUCUAGGUAAGACUAAAAUUGGAGGCCACCCUUUGCCUUUACCAGGCAUUGGCUCUAGUGCUCCAUACUAAUGCCAUUUCUAUGCAUCAGCCAUGUGGGGAUGUUAAUCUUUUCCCAAGCAUAUGUUGUCUUUAUUCUUAAAAUAUGUUUAGAGCUUUGUUCCAAUACUUUUAGUGAUCAAAUAAGACGGAUCUAUACCUUAGCUGUGUCCACUACUACGUCAUUGGAUUCUCCAGGGCUACUCCAGAGAUGUAGAAACCCAGCUGAAAAUCCAUAGGAUAAUCGCACCAGGUUUCCAGGUUUGUAGAAAUGCUUUAUACACCAGACAUUACAUCGGGUGUGUCUUUAACAUACUUUGGAUCCACCUGGAACGAAAUCAGGUACUUGUGAGUCGUUAACGUAAAGCGUGCAUGCAACUUUAUUUCCUCAAUACUAGCUGUGAAUAGCGUUAACUGGCGGUGACCAUGUAACAUAGAGGCAAAGUGGAAACUAGAACAUGCUCUGUAGUUCAAUGUGUGUGACGCUGUGGUGAUUGUGGUCUAUGUAGCUAUGUCUUAAUCCAAUAUUUUAGCCGAUUUCCAGUUUAAGGUCAAACCGGAGAACGAAGCUUAUAGUUCCUGUAUACUUGAUGCAUUAGUUCCAGAUAUUAAUGACAUCAAAUGCAAAGGAGAUCAGCAUUUGUUAAGCAAGGUUUGUGCUUUCAGUUAUUUACUUUACAUCUUAUCAAUCCCCCUCCCCUCCUCAUCUCGGUGUUUUGCUCGUGUUUUGUCCUACAUUUCUGGCACUCUAAGAGGACAGUGGAUUUUGUUGAUAAUUCAGUGAGACUAGUGAAGAUGCAACCUCUUGGCAUUGGCCUUUUCAAAAGCGAGAUGUGCUACUGUCAUUUUCAAAGCACACCUCCUACAUAGACCCUUCCUAAAGGCACAGUGUGUAAAUCUGAAGGGGUUGUGUAGAUAGACAUGUUUCAACGCUUGUUGACUUGACGCUUACAUGCAUCUGCAUCUGUUUUCUUUUUCCACAGAGGGAAUGCAAUGGAAGGAUUUAAAUAAAAAUUCACUUCUAAGCGCCGCCGCUUGAUGACUUCUAAGCUUCACGGCCUGCUGCGGCUGUGAGUCCAGUUGCUCUGAAUGAUGAGGGAUGAACUCCAGUGAGUUUGCAGAGUUUGCAUAUGAACGCAUAUGCCAGAUUCCUGUGGACCUCCAAGAGGCAAGAUGCCCAUGAGCUGAUGCCAAGAUGAUGCCAUGAUAAUGGUACUUGGAAGCCAGCUACACUUGGUUUCUUUGACUGGAGUUGAAUCGAAUGCAAAAUGGCAACAUGAUGGGAAUCACUGUACUUGUCCACAUAAAUAAGAAUAUACAUGGCAUUAAAUGUCUGUUGAAUUAAAUAAAAAACUAACUGAA